AUGACAUUAUCAAUGAGUUAUUUGCUCGGUAUGAUUUCAACAUAUGAUAAAAUUGAAUCAGUCUUAAGUGCUGUUGGUAUAACAACAUUUGUUUAUUUGGAAGUUACAUUAUUUUCAUUUCAAACAAAAUAUGAUUUUACAUCAUGUUUUGGAGUUUUAUUUGUUAUUAUAUUGGUAGUUUUAGCUUUCACAUUUAUUUGUAUUUUUACUUUUUCAAAAAUAAUGUUUACAAUUUAUGCUGAAUUAGGAGCUAUGGCUUUUUCUAUUUUCUUGGCUGUUGAUACACAAUUAAUUAUGGGUGGAAAGCAAGAUGAACUAAGUGCUGAAGAUUAUAUUUUUGCGUCACUUAUGCUUUAUCUCGAUAUUGCUCAAAUAUUUAUGUUGAUUCUUUCAUUUGAUUGUUGUUGUGGUGGUGGUGGUGGUAGUGAUGGUUGGCAUCAAAAUUCCCCUGGCCGCCAACAAAAGUCGCACUUCGAUGGCCGUGAUCACGUUGUUACACAUGGGCAUGUUGCAUGUGUAUGUUAA